AUGCUGUUUGUAAAAAAUAAUACGAUUUGCUCCCGUCCCUAUGAGGGUCAUGCAUUAGCUAUCUCGGAUAAUACGUUGCCUUAUCAUUCCUUCUUCAAGCAAUGGUCCACCGGCUUCAUACUGGGGCUAUUGCUACUAUUCUGCUUUACCUACAUCUCUUCCUCUACUAGAUUCCAAAAAGCUUUGUAUGACGACAACGCCAGGGAAGUACCACUUGUGCCUUACUGGAUCCCUGGAGUCUUCCACGCUUUUGCACUCUGGGACCCUGCCGCCUUUGCUUUCAGAUUGAGUAAAAGGUACGGUUCUAGGAAACCAUUACAGGUUAAGGCCGGCUGGCUCCGGUUCUUCCUAUUAUCAGAGCCUGAGCAUGUCAAGGCUUUGUUUCGAAAUUCGAGACAUACCACGAACACAGCCACCGUUGCCUUCACAUUGCGGAACCUGGUAGACCUUCCAGAUGAGACUGUCUCUCUCUACCUUGAUGACCGCUCAGGAGCCGGACUGAAGCCUCGAAAAGACAGCAAUGUACUCCCCGAGCGCCGGAUAACCUUUCUUGUAUCCCAUAACUUGCACAUGUUUCUAUCUUCUUGCCACCUCGACGGUAUAAGUAGGCGGUAUUCCACUAUGCUUCAUCGCCAAAUUAAUGAUAUAGAUAUCCAAAGUGAAUGGGUAUCAUUGCCGAAUCUUUUCAAUUUCUUGCAGCGUACUACUCUCGUUUCUGAGAUAGAGGCUUUGUUCGGCUUGAAGCUAUUGGAGUUAAACCCCAGGUUCAUUGAUGACCUACUCAUCUUCACGCAACACGUACCUGACUUUCUCCGUCUACGGCCUUGGUGGCUUAACCCACAAGCAUAUCGGGCACGUAGGCGGCUCAUUCAAUAUGUCAAACAAUGGCACGAAUAUGCGCGGAAGCAUGUAGACUUCGCAGAUAUCUUAGACGAAGACCCAGACUGGGAGCCAUUUUGGGGUUCGAAACUCAUGAGAGUUAGGCAACAGUACGAACACAAAACAAUGGCAAUGAACUCGGAUGCUCGAGCUUGCGAGGAUGUUGGCUUAAUAUGGGCGUCAACCACAAAUGUCCAGAAUACAGUGUUCUGGCUGUUUUUCGAGGUGCUCCGAGAUCCAGAUCUUCAAAUGCGGCUGAUGAAAGAGAUUUCGGAAUGUAAAACAACUAAUGGCGAAGACGACACCACCGGCUUCGACAUGAAGAAGCUCACAAAUCAACCAUUACUACAAUCCACAUAUGCUGAGGUGCUGCGUUUGUAUGUGGCCGUGGCUAUCAGUCGCAUCGCUGGGUACGAGGAUAUCAAAAUCGAUGAUUAUAUGAUUCCGCAAGAUAGCCUCAUAAUGACUUAUAGCCGGGCUAUGGCGCUGGAUACCGACGCAUGGAUACGAGCAGGGAGAACGUUAAACAAGCCUCUCGACGAGUUCGAUGCCGAGCGCUUUUUGGUCGAUUCAGGUUGGACGCGCCCGGGACUAACCCCCGCAGUAGUCAUAAAGGAUGAUGGGAAGCGCCGAUUUUCUACAGAUGGCUUACUGGGUCUGUGGGUCCCUUACGGCGGUGGGGAUCACAUGUGUCCCGGACGUCACCUAGCCAAGCAACAGAUGUUGGUAACGUUUGCACUACUGCUUUCGGAGUUUGACAUAGAAAUAUCUGCCACUAAGGUAGAGCCGGACAUGAGGUUCGCACCCUUUGGUUCCUUACCGCCAAAGAACAUGACUGGGUUCCGUAUUAGGAGAAAGCAACAGGUAGCUAAUUAA